AUGGACACGAGUUCAACUUUACCCUUCUUCCCCACUCUCUAUAUAUAUACUUUUACAAACAAACAGAUUCGCAGGGAGAAAAGUCAUAGUUUCUUCGCUGAAUUAUUAGAGAUGGAGACGGUGAUGCCCUCGCCGCCGGUGGACUUCAACUUCGACAGCGCGUGCACUACCCCCUACAUCAGCGCGCCGUCUAGUCCUCCGCAUUUUGGCGCCGGCUUCGCCAGCGCCCCCGGCAGCCCCACCCGCUUCCUCGGCGGCGGCGCGGUUCCGUUCAGCUGGGAAGAGAAGCCAGGAGUUCCGAAACCUAGGCGUGAUUUCGACGGAAUUAAUGGAGAAUACGAGGAUGAUGAUAGAGAUUUUGUUUUCGAGUUCAGCGGGCCGUUGGAGAAGGCUUAUUUGUCCGCCGCCGACGAGCUGUUUGAGUCCGGCAAGAUCAAGCCUCUUAAGCCGCCGUCGCUGCGGCCGGAACACGGCGAAAAACCUCGUAGCUCUCCUAAAUAUCCCGACAAAACGGUUAAGGAAGUACGGCGUUCGCCGAAAACGGAGAACGAUGCCGACAAACGAGGACGAGGAAGAGAAAUCCGUUCGAAUAAUAAUCCUCGGCACAAGGCAACGAGAUCUCUGUCCCCAUUCCGAGCCUCGGAUUUGGUAUUCGACCGGAAACAAACCGGUCAAGAAAACACAAACAACAACUCCGUUUCCUCCUCGUUCAUCUCAACCAUGUUGUCGGGAAGAUGGAAGCUGAAGGAUCUUCUGCUGUUCAGAAGCGCGUCGGAAGGUCGGGCGAGUAGCACACAGAAGAUGAAGAAAUACUCAUCAGAGCUGAAGAACAAGAAGAAGAGUAAAGAAGACGUGAAUUACAGCUUUAGGUCUACAACAGACAGCGAGGGAUCCGGGUCAAUCUCGAGGAGGAGAGGACCGGUUUCGGCUCACGAACUGCAUUACACGAUGAACCGGACGAUCUCGGAGGAGCUGAGGAGGAAAACAUUCUUGCCAUACAAGCAAGGGCUCCUAGGUUGCUUGGGCUUCAAUCCUGCGGUUCAUGAAAUGUCUUGUAGAGGUUUUUCUUCUGUGUCCAUGCCUCGUUCCUAAUAACAGUGGAUCGAUGCAGGUUAAUUAUCGAAUCUCUAGUUUUCUUUGUCAAGUGUAGAUCAGAGUUAUUGUUAGUUUCUUAAUUCUGUGUCCAUAACUCAUAAUUCUACGUACAAUGUUGUAAACGCCUUUUUUUUUUUU